UAGCUUGGAGGUGUUAGGGCUUGAACCCCCAACCUUCUUAUCAGUAACCCAGAAUCUUAACUGUUGAUGAGGUUGUCCACUGUACCACUAUGUCAGCUUUGAGGGUGUGAAUGGGUAAGUAGAGUUACCACAGUCCUGUGUGAGAUUUAUACCAGUUAUCCAUGUUAUCAGUGUUACUGCCACAUUAGCAUUCUGUAGAUGUAUUCAAUUACAGCAUACACCAAUCAGCCAUAACAUUAUGACCACCUGCCUAAUAUUCUGUCAGUCCCCCUUUUGCUGCCAAAAAAGCCCUGACCCGUCAAGGCAUGGACUCCACUAGAUCCCUGAAGGUGUGCUGUGGUAUCUGGCCACUGUCCAAAAACAUGAAUGUAGGCAUACUUGCUCCUCUAAAUUGGCCUUAGGUAUGAAAGAGUGUCAAAACAUUAAUGUGUGUAUGCGAUGAAACGACAUCCCAUCCAGGUGAAAGCUCCUGCCGUGCAUUCUAGGUUGCUGAGGUUUCUGGUCCUCGCUACCAUCAUGUUGUGAUAAAAAAAAAAUUCAGGCGAACUUAAUACCUCUUAUAACACCUGUCCAUGUCAGACAGGUUCUGUGUUAAUGAUCUACAAGAUUAUGACAUUUGUCCCAGGUCCUGUGAUUUAUCGCAGAUCAUUAACCACUUCUGAAGCAAACAAUAGUUGGACAAGUUGAAACACUCCUCCUGUUUUCGAACAUUUUGUCACAAGUGGCUUAGUGGACAUUUUAUUUGCUGCAAUGAUGAGGAACAGGUCUUCUGCCUGCUUGGUAAUUCUGCUGCUGAGCUUGUCUGAAACGGCUCACAGUGGCAACAUACUGGUUCUUCCUGGUGAAUACAGUCACUGGCGCAACAUGCAUGUCAUUGUUGAGGAGCUCAUGGACCGGAAUCACAGCGUGACCGUUCUGACACACUCUGCCUCACCUACACUGAAACAUAGCCAAAAGGACAGGUUCAACUUCAUGUCUUUUCAAAUCGACAUGGAACAACAGGAGGCAGACAACUUUUGGCAGAGCUUUAUCAGUGUGUGGAUGGAUGAAAACACUACCAGCUUUCAAAAGCUGAUCUUGUUUUGGAACAUGAUGUCCAGGAUGUCUCAUUAUACACAGGCUGUGUGCAAUGGAAUGCUUGGUAACAGAGAUCUUGUGACUUUGCUGAAGGAGUCGCAUUUCGAUGUGCUUCUGUAUGACCCUAUGAUGCCAUGUGCUGACAUGAUGGCCGAAGCUCUCGAGCUGCCCAGUGUGAUGUCUCUCCGAGUCUCUUUUGCAUAUAAUCUGGAGCGACUCUGUGGGCAGAUGCCCGCUCCACCAUCUUAUGUACCUGCAGCUGCCGCUCAGGGGCAUCUCACUGAUCACAUGGACUUUACAGAGCGAUUAGAGAACAUGCUACUAUACAUCAUACACACAUCGAUGAUGAUACUUCAGCAAAAGUUAAGCUUUGAUAGAUAUUUCAGCGAAUUACCUGGCAAACCCACAACACUAUGUGACACUAUGGGCAAAGCUGACAUCUGGUUAGUCCGAACUUAUUGGGACUUUGAAUAUCCACGGCCGCUCCUCCCAAACUUCAAAUUUGUCGGUGGAUUACACUGCAAACCUCCAAAACCUCUACCAAAAGAGAUGGAGGACUUUGUCCAGAGCUCAGGAGAUGAUGGUAUUGUAGUGUUUUCACUAGGCUCCAUGAUAAAAAACAUCACAAAAGAGAGAGCGAACACCAUCGCUUCAGCACUCGGACAGAUUCCCCAAAAGGUCUUGUGGCGAUACACUGGCGAGAAGCCAGAAAAUCUUGGUCCUAAUACAAGACUCUAUGACUGGAUUCCUCAGAAUGAUUUACUAGGACAUCCUAAAACCAAGGCCUUCAUCACCCAUGGGGGGACUAAUGGAAUUUAUGAAGCUAUUUAUCAUGGAGUUCCCAUGGUGGGUCUGCCACUGUUUGGUGAUCAGCCUGAUAAUCUAAAUCACAUGAAAACCAAAGGAGCUGCUGUGAUGCUUGACUUCAACAAAAUGGAUUCCAAGGACUUGAAGCAGGCUCUCAAUGACGUCAUUAACAAUCCAUCCUACAAGGAGAGCAUUAUGAGGCUAUCCAGAAUCCACCACGACCAACCGAUGAAGCCGCUAGACCAGGCCAUAUACUGGAUCGAGUUUGUGAUGCGGCAUAAGGGGGCCAAGCACCUGAGGGUUCAAGCCCAUAACCUCACGUGGUAUCAGUACCACUGCUUGGACGUUGCUGCCUUUCUGCUCUCUGUAAUUGCACUAGUCGUGUUCAUCUUUGUGAAGACGUGUAGAUGGCUCUUCCGUAAAUGUUGCAGAAAGACACCAGCAAAGAGCAAGAAAGAGUGAAUAUGAAUGUAUUUUUUUAAUUACUGUGAUAUUUUAUAUAAAUACCAUGAUUAAAAUGCUCUGUGUUAAAUGUCUUUUCUAGCUAUUCCUUUCAUCAUGCCAAUUACCCCUUCCUGGCAUCUUCUUCUUCAUUGGCCCUUUUGCCCUUUAUUCGAUCUUCUCAUCAUCCCAGUUAUAACCAUCCCUUCCUUCAUUCAUGUGAAUCCUACCCUCUACAUCCCAACUCUCAUCUUUUUAAUCCCAAUUCAUCCUCUGUCUAUGUUAAAUGUCUUCCUUACACUGUAAAAGGUCUACACACCCCUGUUAGGGUUUUGUGAUGUGAAACCAAAGAGAAACCAAGAUAAAUCUAAGCAAAUCAUUCCACAACAACAAUAAUGGAGCAUGUGUUCAAAAGUAAUUAUCAUACAACUGUUAUCAAUGAAGUGAGUCUCAUAAAUCCCAAAUAAAGAUAAUCAAUUUCUUGA